AUGAUCAGAAAUCUACGACCCCUCCUUCGAAAUGCACCUUCAUCAUCCAAACCCGCUUUCCGAGCGAUCUCAUCCACAGCACUCAAAUCGAUGGCCUCGCCCGCGGUGGAACCUAGUCCAUUAAGAGCCCAUUCGGUGGAAGAGUUACACGGUAUGUCAGCUGAGGAGAUCUUGAAAGAAGGUUCAUCAAGGAAAGAUGCCCAGAUGAGACAUUUCACCGUCAACUUUGGUCCUCAACAUCCUGCUGCUCACGGUGUGCUUCGAUUGAUCCUCGAGUUGAACGGAGAGGAAAUCCUCCGUGCCGAUCCUCAUAUCGGUCUCUUACACAGAGGUACAGAAAAAUUAAUCGAAUACAAGAAUUAUACUCAGGCUUUACCAUAUUUCGAUCGAUUAGAUUAUGUAUCUAUGAUGACCAACGAAUUAUGUUAUACUCUGGCUGUUGAGAAAUUGUUGAAUAUCGAAGUUCCAGAAAGAGCUAAAUGGAUCAGAACGUUAUUUGGUGAAAUCACUAGAGUCUUGAAUCACUUGAUGGCUGUGUUGACCCACGCGAUGGAUGUUGGUGCACUCACACCAUUCUUAUGGGGUUUCGAAGAACGAGAGAAAUUGAUGGAAUUCUACGAACGAGUUUCGGGUGCUCGAAUGCAUGCUGCCUAUAUCCGACCUGGUGGUGUGGCUUUCGAUUUACCUCAUGGAAUGUUGGAUGAUAUCUUCAAGUGGGCCACUCAGUUCUCAAGUAGAGUAGAUGAGAUCGAAGAGGUAGUUACAGGUAAUAGAAUUUGGAAAGGAAGAACGAUCGGUAUCGGUACGGUGACUGCUCAACAGGCUUUGGAUUAUUCUUUCUCGGGUGUCAUGUUGAGAGGAUCGGGUGUUCCAUGGGAUAUUAGAAAAGUAGCUCCAUACGAUGCUUACGAUAAAGUCGAAUUCGAUGUUCCAGUAGGAAAGAACGGUGAUUGUUACGAUAGAUAUCUCUGUAGGGUACAGGAGUUUAGAGAAUCUUUGAGAAUCAUCGACCAAUGUUUGAACAAGAUGCCUACCGGUGUUGUCAAAGUGGAUGAUCAUAAGAUUGUUCCACCUCCUAGAGCGUCGAUGAAAGAAAGUAUGGAAGCUUUGAUUCAUCAUUUCAAGAUCUACUCUGAAGGAUACACCGUACCUCCAGGUGAAACUUACUCAGCAAUCGAAGCUCCAAAAGGUGAAAUGGGUGUUUACCUCGUGUCGGACGGUACGAACCGACCUUACAAAUGCAAGAUUCGUGCACCUGGUUUCGCACAUUUACAAGGUUCAGAUUUCAUGAUGAGACAUCACUUCUUACCUGAUGCUGUAGCUAUUAUAGGUACGAUGGAUCUGGUGUUUGGUGAAGUUGAUCGAUAA